AUGGCCUCCCAGAGGGCUGUGCGGCUGAGCCUGAAGAAGCCCACCCACGCGGUGUGUGUGGUGGGAGUCGAGACCUUUGUGGAUGUUCGCAGCGAUGUGCCCAACGGUGCUGAGACCUUCACGGUCUCUGGGAGCUCCGGGGUACAUAUCUUCAUUCUCUUCGACCCAACACGGGUGGCAGCGCCCCCAGACAAAGCCCACUGGCCCCUGGACACCACUGUGGACCUGACUGUAUCCGUGGACACAGCCAGUAAGGCCUUAAAUGAUCUCAAGGUGAAGGUCUCCUACUUCGGGCAGAGCAAGGACCAUGCCCUGGGCUGCAGUGAGCUCUACCUCACUGGCGUCGACAUCUCCCUGGAUGUUGACACAGCCCGCAAGGGCAAGGCAAAGAGGAGCCAAGACGACAAGAAAACCUGGCGCUGGGGCCCUGCGGGCUAUGGGGCUAUUCUGCUGGUGAACUGUGACCGGGAUGGUCUCGGGUCCAGGGGGCUCGACCUUGAAGACAGCCAGCUGACAUCACUGGAGGACCUGAAGGACAUGUCCCCCAUGGUGCUGACCUGCGAUGGCCCUGACAAGCUCUUCGACAACCACAAGCUGGUCCUGAAUGUGCCAUUUUCUGAUUCCAAAAGAGUGGGCGUCUUCUGCGCUCGGGGUGGGAAUUCCCUCUCACACUACAAGCAGGUGCUGGGGCCCCAGCAUCUGUCCUACGAAGUCGAGCGGCAGCCCGGGGAGCAGAAGAUCAACUUCUAUGUGGAGGGGCUCACCUUCCCUAAUGCUGAUUUCUCAGGGCUGGUCUCUCUCAGCGUCAGCCUGGUGGACAUGGGGACCCUGCCCGAGGUGCCCAUCUUCACAGACACUGUGGCCUUCCGCAUGGCCCCCUGGAUCAUGACCCCCAACACCCAGCCCCCCCUGGAGCUGUAUGUGUGCAGGUCACUGGAGUCUUUUCGUCUCUCUUCCCAGGACGAGAUGGAAUUUGGCUACGUGGAGGCACCCCACAAAUCCUUCCCCGUGGUCUUUGACUCCCCCCGAGACAGGGGCCUGAAGGAGUUCUCCUAUAAUAAGAUCCUGGGCCCCGACUUUGGAUACGUAACCCAGGAAAUCCCUUUCGCUGGCGCCUCUGGCCUCGACUCCUUCGGCAACCUGGAUGUCAGCCCACCGGUGACCGUGCGCGGCAAGGAGUACCCCCUGGGCCGGAUCCUCAUCGGCAGCAACUUUCCUAAGGCAGGUGGGCGGCGAAUGGCCAAGGUGGUGCGUGACUUCCUGAAGGCCCAGCAGGUGCAGGCGCCCGUGGAGCUCUACUCUGACUGGCUCUCCGUGGGCCACGUGGAUGAAUUCCUGACCUUCGUGCCCACCUCCGACCAAAAGGGCUUCCGGCUGCUCCUGGCGAGCCCCAGGGCUUGCCUUAACCUGUUCCGAGAGAAGAAAAUGGAGGGCUACGGCAAGGCGGUCCAGUUUGAUGGGUUAGAGGAGAAGGUGAAGAGAAGCAUUAAUGAAUUGCUGGCCGACAGAAGCCUUCAGAGCGACAGUCUCCAUGUGCAGAAAUGCAUCGACUGGAACCGGGAGGUGCUGAAGCGGGAGCUGGGCCUGACGGAGCGGGACAUCGUGGACAUCCCGCAGCUCUUCUACCUGAGGGGCCCGUACGCAGAAGCCUUCUUCCCCGACAUGGUCAACAUGGUGGUCUUAGGCAAGUACCUGGGCAUCCCCAAGCCCUACGGGCCCAUCAUCAACGGCCGCUGCUGCCUGGAGGAGAAGGUGCGGUCCCUGCUGGAGCCGCUGGGCCUCCACUGCAUCUUCAUCGACGACUACCUGUCCUACCACAAGCUGCUCGGGGAGAUCCACUGCGGGACCAACGUGCGCCGGCAGCCCUUCUCCUUCAAGUGGUGGCACAUGGUGCCCUGAGCCUGCUCCCUACCCGCCAUUCUCUCUGCCCACCUGUUGGGAAGCCCGCCAGAGUGAAAGCGAGGAACCUCUUCCUGGCCUCCAUAGGGGGAG